GGUAACUGCCCCGCCAUAACCUAGUGAAUUCCGCCCCACUGUGAUAACCUUAGAUAGCACCUUCCGGGCGAUCGAUAUAGCUUAUCUAAGGCACUUUAACGAGAACCUACGCGCUUCGACGCGUACAAGGUGCAAGGCAUUUCUCCAAAAUUUCAGCUCUCCCACACCGUCGUCACCAUAACCAACGACGACCCAAAAUCGCCACACAUGAUCCGAAUGAUCUACAACCCCCAUAAUUAACCUCUCAUUUUACCCUCCCACAUAUCGCCUCCAAACCCAAACCCAAUAAACACGAAACCGCACAACAAUGUCCAACAUCCCAGGCAAACGGCGCCUGCAAGCCGGCCGUCCGCGCCACAGCAGCGUCUCCUCGCACGCCCCCACCGCCCUCCCAGACUACGAGCCUCUCUCGCGCCCCCUCGACGCGUCCGCGAUCCGGGAGCUAACACAGCUGUCCGCAGGGAAGGACACGCGCGCGUACGAAGCGCACCUGAAGAAGAGCAUCGAGCUACUCAGCGCGACGGUGCGGGACAUCAACGACCGGUACGCGGAGCGGCAGAGCAGUUUAAAACGGCUGCAGGAGAAACGGGCCGAGAACGGGGGCGAGAAGAACGAUCGUGAACGCGCGGAGGAGAAGGCUGUGUUGGCGCUGAAGGCAUCUGUCCCGGCGUUGACGGCGGAAUGUGAUAAUGCGGUGAGGAGUGUCAUUGAUUCGCGAGUCGUGCUUGAGGAUAGCAACACGGCGCUUAGCGCCACAGCGGUGUUCUUCGAGGAGGAUAUGAGACGUCGCGGGGCGCGGGGCGCGGAGGAUGAGGAUGUGGAGAUGGAGGAGACGUGGCCGGAGCCGACGGCGGUGUUGCGGCAGGCGAGGGAGCGGGCUGCGGAGGAGUAUGCGGCGAAGAGUCUGCAUGAGAAGUAUGGGCUUAGCAACGACUAUAUCGGGUUCAAACGCCUGUGGCAUGAUGCCGUGCACGGUGGUGAUGGCAAGCCGUUGCCCGAUGCGACGAAGUGGUUUGGACAGAACGGGGGUGAGGACGAGGAAGACGAUGAUGAGGAUCUGGUUAUUGAGGGCGAGCAGUUGGAUAUCCACUGUCCCCUUUCCAUGGUCGUUAUGCAGGAUCCGUACACGAGCUCGGUGUGCAAACACACUUUUGAGAAGGACUCGAUCACCCAGUUCCUUCUUUCUAGACCGGGCCGACGGGCGCGAUGUCCGCAGGUGGGAUGUAAUAAGGAAGUCUCGAUUAAGGAUUUCCAUCCCGACCCGGUUCGGCUCCGUCUUAUUCAACGUCGACUAGCCUCGGAACGCGAGGACGAGGAUGACGACGGUGAAGGCGAGGGCGAUACUAUCGAUGGUGAUUCGUCUAUGAGAAUCACUCAAGGCCGUAAAAUCAAGAAGGAGCGAGAAGAUCGCGGAAGAGGACGUCGACAAGUGGAAGACAUUGAAGAUGAUGACGAUGAUGACGAAGACGAAGAUGAAGAUGAGGAACUUUAGCUUGAUGAGUUCAUCAAAUUGCUGGUAAGGCCGACAUGGCUUUAGCUAAUAAUGCACACGAAGUUAUGAUCAACGACAAAUUGUUGACUUUAUGAUUCGGUCUAUUUCAGUCUAUGGAUUCUACGUGG